UUUCCCAGACCCAUCCUAAUGCCAGCAAACUGCCUUUAAAGGAUUCUUUCACUUAUGACGACUACAGAUGGGCGGUUUCCUCUGUUAUGACACGGCAGAACCAGAUUCCGACAGAAGAUGGUUCCAGAGUUACCUUGGCUCUAAUACCUUUAUGGGACAUGUGUAAUCAUACUAAUGGACUGAUCACUACAGGCUACAAUUUAGAAGAUGACCGGUGUGAAUGUGUAGCACUUCAAGAUUUCAAGGCUGGAGAACAGAUUUACAUUUUUUAUGGCACUCGGUCAAACGCUGAAUUUGUGAUCCACAGUGGUUUUUUCUUUGAUAAUAAUUCACAUGACAGAGUGAAAAUAAAGCUUGGCGUGAGUAAAAGUGACAGGCUGUAUGCUAUGAAGGCAGAGGUCUUAGCUCGUGCUGGUAUCCCAACUUCCAGUGUUUUUGCCUUGCACUCCACUGAGCCUCCAAUCUCUGCCCAGCUUUUGGCUUUCCUUCGAGUGUUUUGCAUGAGUGAAGAAGAGCUGAAGGAACACCUAAUAGGCGAGCAUGCCAUUGACAAAAUCUUCACUCUGGGGAACUCUGAGUUUCCCAUUAGCUGGGACAAUGAAGUUAAACUUUGGACAUUCCUAGAAGCCAGAGCAUCCCUUCUUUUGAAAACCUAUAAAACAACUGUGGAGGAGGAUAAGUCCUUCUUGGAGACCAAUGACCUUACUUCACAUGCCAUAAUGGCUAUCAAAUUGCGCUUAGGUGAAAAAGAGAUAUUGGAGAAAGCAGUAAAGAGUGCAGCUGCUAGCAGAGAGUAUUAUAGCAAACAAAUGGCAGAUGGAGCUCCGCUUCCUAAAUAUGAAGAGAGCAAUAUUGCCUUGUUGGAGAACACUGUGGCAGACUCUAGACUCCCUAUUGUCUUGAGAAACCUAGAAGAUGUGGAGGAGCAAGGGGACUUAAAGAUUGAUGAAGCUAUUGAUGCUGAAGUCACAGAGAAUGGGUUUGUAAAUGGUGAAAACUCUCUAUUUAAUGGGACCAAAUCAGAAAGUGAAAAUCUAAAUAAAGAGAAAAGCAACAGAGAGACUGAAGAUGCCAAAGAAUCUUCUUCAGAAAGUACUGAUGAGGUUAAAGAAUAGUCCUAAAAUUUUUCUUUCUUGUGAAAUUAAAUUAGCUGAAGUUUAUGAACAGUGCAUUUAUGUUGGUGUGUUUCUUUGUUAACAUUUCUCUUUCUGCAGAGAAAAAUGUUUUUGCUGCUUUAUAUAAAAAUGAAUUUUUAAGUUAUUUAAAAGAUUUAGCAUCUCUUUUCAAUUAAGAUUGCCAUCUUGCUUUCAGGCAAAAACUGGGGAAAGAGGUGCCUUUGGAAGAUUUUGCAGCCUUUUGUUGAACCAAAUGUAUUUUCUUCCUGGGGAAGAAUUAAGCUCUUCUAUCUGCUGUGCUUUUGCUGUUCUGUCACUCUGACUACCGAAAUUAAAAGCUUGCUCUGCCUCCUGCCAAGAAAAGCAGAAGGCAGGACUGACUCGGUAUUCAGCAUGAAGGUGGGAGAGCAGUACAGCAGAAAGCUGGAUAAGAGGAUCAGAAACUUGGGAGACUGGAGGAAAACCUGUUUAAAAUCAGGUAUGCCAGUCCAGAAAAAGGUAAGGUGGCAACCUUAUGAUUGAUAGUUUUAAAUGUUGAUGAGAAUCCAAAUUGUAUACACUUAAAGUGAUCUCUGAAGAUUUCAGUUUACUUUGUCUUUUGUUUACUGUAUGAAAAUAUCUCAUCUUUCUUCUUUAGUCAGAGUUAGGCUGCUACAAUACAACAUUCACCAACUUUUAAAGGCUGACUUCUUUUUAUUUCCAGGCGGUACCUUUUAUUUACAAGGUUGGCAGUGCUACUCAAGAGUUUGAAAGCAGAUAGGCCAAGCCACAGCUUUAAACUUUACUGUUCAAAGUGAGGUCGCUUCCCAGCUUCUUCAGGUUUUCACAACUAGCUAGAGAUUUUCAAAGCUACACUUUUGACUAAACCAUUAUUAAAAGGAAAAUAU